CCCGCCACGGCGGCUGGUCAGGCCCGCUAGGGAGCGUUGAUUGACGGCUCCGCUCAGCCAGUGUCUGACGAGGCGGCGGCGAAGGCCGGGCUCGCGGGCGUCCUCGCGGGCGUCUCCCUGGCAACCCGGGCGGGCCAAGAGUUCGCCUUGUUUGUUUGGGAGAGGGGCUGCCUGUGCGGCCUUCCAACCCCGCAGCAUCAUAUGAAACAUUUAUACUGGAUUACAUAGACUUCUUGUUCCAUCAAAUGCCAGGAUGCAGAGGCCAGGAGAAAAAGUGAAAUGCCGGAUGCAUAUGCAAGGCUCCAGCAUAAGAAAUGUUGAAGUUGCAAGAGGGAGAGCAGGAUAUGGGUUUACAAUUUCCGGACAAGCUCCCUGUAUUCUUAGCUGUGUUUUAAAAGGAAGUCCUGCUGAUUUUGUGGGACUUAAAGCAGGAGAUAAAAUAUUGGCAAUAAAUGAUAUUAAUGUGAAGAAAGCAUCCCAUGAAGAUGUGGUGAAGUUAAUAGGCAAAUGCUCUGGGGUUUUACACAUGGUCAUUGCUGAAGGGGUUGGCCACAUGGACUUUUGUUCAAGUGAUGAAGAAGUUGAAUUGUAUGAUGGAAAAGGGCUGCAUAAACCAAAACUUGACUCAAAAGGAUUGGGUAUAAAUAGAGCAGAGAAAGUUGUUGAGGAAAUGCAGUCUGGUGGGAUUUUCAACAUGAUAUUUGAAAAAUCGAAUAUUUGUGCUGAUAAUUUGCAGACCUCAAUAAGAAAGCAAAUACCAGUGAAUGAAAUAGCAGUGGAUAAAUUAGAAACAGAAUCUGAACAUAGAAUCAAUAACCUGAAUUAUUUUUAUCAUGAGGAAUUGCCCAAAGCCUUACAUAAUGAUUCAGAAUUUAGAAAUGGACUGGAAAACCAGGAGUAUUUUGGACUAGAUGCAAGCAUUUUAAAUGUGGCCAUGGUUGUAGGUUACCUAGGAUCAAUUGAACUUCCUUAUUCAAGUUCAAAUCUGGAAUAUGAUAGUUUGCAAGCUAUUCGUGGAUGUAUGCGACGUCUUCGGGCAGAACAAAAAAUUCAUUUGUUGGUAGUGAUGAAGAUUAUGCAUGACUGUAUUCAACUCUGUAAUAACAAAUCUAGUGUGAUUGCGGAGUACCCUGCAGAGAAGCUAGCAUUUAGUGCUACAUGCCCUGAUGAUAGAAGGUUUUUUGGACUCGUCACUAUGCAGACUAUUGAUGAUGCAAGUUUGGCUCAGGAGGAGGAAACUGUUUUGAGAACAUCAUGUCAUGUAUUUAUGGUGGAUCCAGAACUAUUUCAACAUAAAAUUCACCAGGGCAUCGCACGACGUUUCAGAUUGGAAUGCACAGCAGAUCCAGACACAAAUGGUUGUCUCGAAUUUCCAAUGUCAUCUCUACCUGUCCUUCAGUUUAUCUCUGUAUUGUACAGGGAUAUGGGAGAAUUCAUAGAGGGAGUGCGGGCAAGAGCCUUUUUGGAUGGAGACGGAGAUGUUCAUCAAAAUAACAGUAUGAGCAGCAAUAGUGACAGUGGUAUUGGAAAUUUUAACCAAGAAGAGAAAAGUAACAGAGUUUUGGUGGUUGAUCUAGGAGCUAACUCAAGCAAAUAUGUUCCUAGUAGCCUGCAGGACAAUCCAGUAGAUAGAGGUCAAGCGGUUUUGUCCUGGAAUGUUGAUCAUGAACAAGAAGGAAAUUCUGCAUUUGAAGCAAUGUUACAGAAUGAUAAAUCUCAACAUCUAAGUAAAUUCCUAGCUUCUUCAGCUCACAUUGAAGUUCCAUUAAUUUCUCCCAAAAGCUCAGUUACACCAUGCAAGAAGAAUUCUGUGGAUAUUUCCACUCAAAGAUAUUUGCCAGUUCAUGUACUGAAAGAUUGGCAGCAUGGUUGUGUAAGUGACCAAGAAUCAUACACAGAUUCUACAGAUGGCUGGUCGAGUGUUAAUUGUGGAACUCUUCCCCCUCCAAUGAGUAAAAUUCCUGCUGACAGAUACAGAGUUAAUGGUGGCUUUGGUCAGCCUCAUCUAAUAUCACAAAAGAAUAAAUUCUCUAAAAAAGAGUUUCAUAUGCAAAACAUGUUUGAAUCUCACAGUGGUAGCAAAAAGACCAGAGAAGAUAAAAAGUGGAUGAAGUUUGGAGCUGCUUCUGGAUUAGUACAAUUUACUCAGCGUUCCACUCGAAGAUCAUUUGGACGACAGAAGAGAUUCAGCAUUACUCGUUCGCUUGAUAAUCUUGAGUCUGUUGCUGUGUCUGAUGGAGAACUAAAUACCACUGAUUUGAAAGACUGUGUCAGUGAUAACAGCCUCAGCAGCAAUGCCAGCCUCCCAAGUGUUCAGAGCUGCCGCCGGCAUCGUGAAAGAAGAGUUGCAAGCUGGGCUGUUUCAUUUGAACGGCUUCUUCAGGAUCCGGUUGGGGUUCGAUAUUUCUCUGAGUUUCUACGAAAGGAAUUUAGUGAAGAAAAUAUUUUAUUUUGGCAAGCCUGUGAAUAUUUUCACCACAUAUCUGCUCAUGACAAAAAAGAGCUUUCUUUCAGAGCUCGAGAGAUUUUUAAUAAGUUUUUAUGUAGCAAAGCAACAACCCCCGUUAAUAUUGAUAGUCAGGCACAGCUAGCAGAUGAUGUUCUCAAUGCACCGCACCCAGAUAUGUUUAAAGAUCAACAGCUUCAGAUUUUCAACUUGAUGAAGUUUGACAGCUAUACACGUUUUCUGAAAUCUCCAGUAUACCAAGAAUGUAUUUUAGCAGAAGUUGAAGGCCGUCCUGUACCUGAUCCACAAUUUGUUUCCAGUAGCCCUACCUCUAAACACAGUCUGGGUUCUGAGUGGUCUACUGCUUCAACACCAAAAAAGUUGGGUGGAAAAUCCAAGUCUGGCCGAUCUUUAAAUGAAGAAUCUGGAGAGGAAGACUCCGAGAGAAAGAAAAGGGGGGCCUUCUUUUCCUGGUCCAGAAGCAAGAGUUUGGGGAGAUCACAGAAAAAAAAGGAGAAUGGUGGUUGUUCUACUGAUUCUACACAGCCCAACGGAUUAUCCUACAGACAUGAAUCUCAAGACUCUUUGUCAUCAGCUGCGAGUCUUGAAAUGAUUGAUUCUUUCAGGGCACCUGGAUCUGCAACUGGAAAAGGAAAGUCUUCCAAAUGCUGCAAUAUUAACCUUCCAGAUGGCUCAUCCUAUACAAUGACUCUUAAAGCAGGAGUGUCAAUCAAAGAAAUGUUAUCUGGCUUUUGUGAAAAACAAGGCAUUAAUAUAGCAGCAGUUGACCUAUUUUUGGUUGGCGGAGAUAAGCCUCUAGUAUUGCAUCAGGACAGCAGCAUUUUAGAAUCUCGAGCUCUUCGUUUAGAAAAAAGAACAUUAUUUCGGCUUGAUCUUAUUCCGAUCAAUAGAUCUGUUGGCUUAAAGGCCAAACCUACCAAACCAGUAACAGAAGUCCUACGACCAGUGGUUGCAAAAUACGGCUUAAACCUUAAUAAUCUUGUGGCAAGGCUAAAUGGCGAGCAGGAACCAUUAGACCUUGGUGUUCCCAUCUCCAAUCUUGAUGGACAGAGAGUUAUCUUAGAUGAAAGGCUACCCAAAAAGGGGAAAGACCAAGGAAAGGGUACAUCUUUAAAAUACAGCACACCUAUAACUUCUAACACAGGAAAUCAAGCACCCACAGGAGAGGGAAGAGCUCUAGGAAAGUCUAAUUCUAUUAAAGUAAAAGGAGAAAGUGGAAAAAGCUCUAGGGAUGUCCGUCUAGCAAAAAGAGAAGACAAUAUUGCACAGACUGGGGGAAAAAUGUGUCAGAAAAUUAAUUUGGACGAAGCAGAGGAAUUCUUUGACCUCAUCUCCAAAGUACAAAGUAACAGAGCAGAUGACCAGCGGGGGGUGCUGAGAAGAGAAGACCUGGUUUUACCUGAAUUUCUUCAUUUACCUUCCUCUGGAGCAGGCUCUUCUUCGUUUAUACCUGAAGGAACUAAAGGCUGCAGCAAAAGAAGUGAACCUCCUGAGGUCAGGGACAGACACACACAACUUGGUGGAAAAGUGGGCUUCAUGAAAAACUGUAGCGAAGUCUCAGCCACAAAAAUUAAUAUUUCAGAAAGUAAACAGAAACCACCUGUGCUAGCAAAAUCACUCAGCCAGAAGACUUUCAGCACACCUUUCAGUCCACCUUUGUCUCCAGUUCUGCCAUUGCAGGAUGCCCCCAUAUGGAAAAGGCAGUCUAAAGAACUGCAAAAAGAAGGUGUAGAAACUGUUGAGGAUGAGAACGUAGCAGACUUGACACUGGUAGCCGAGGGGGACAUUAACAGCCCGAAUAGUACAUUACUGCCACCUUCAUCACCAUCACCACCAUUAUCAUCACCCACUUCAGACAAAAGCACUCUUGCAGAAGCCAGGUAUCCACCUCCAGUUUUACUGACAGAUAAUCAGAAAAAAACUACUUAUGAGAAAUGCAAAACAGGUGUGAUCCUCAAACAAAAAAGAGAUGUGCAAGUAACUGGAGGAAACAUUUAUGAGCAAAGCUCUAAAAACAAUAGUAGUGACUUUAAUCCUGGUGGAGUUAAGAAGAAAAUUUUCAGAAAUGAACUCCCUGCAAAUCACAUAAUAGAUGUGGAUGAUGUUGGGAGAGAGGAUGGCCUGGGAGGGACUUGUAAUGAAUCCAAGGUCAAUCUCAGCUUUGAAGGAUGCAUCACAGAGCUGAAAUCUUGUCAGGGAAGAUUGCGGACAGGAGUUUGCAGGUCAUCGGAUCUUCCGUCUCUCGUUGGUGUUAAGAGUGAGAAGAAUAAGGAUGAUGACAACCAAUGUAAAGCAACAUUUGUUUGAAGGUUUUCUGUGGCUGAUUCCUACAGUUUUCUUUUUCUUCAGCAUAUAAUAAACACUGGAGCACUUGCCACAUCCAUUACCUUCAAGCAGCUUCAGUUCAAGGCUGGUUGAAGGCUUCAGCAUUUGGCUUAUUUGAAAUUAUUGAAGGGAAAAUUACAAAAUGUAUCUGACAUGAUUUGCACAUCUUACACUUUUAUAGUUGGUGAUCUUGGUGUGAAUAAGCAACAGAAAAUUUCUCUUGCCACAACAGCAGAACAAUUCUGGUUGUUUCCUCCAUAGCAGACUUCUAUCAAGAAACCAAGUGUCAUUGUGGGGCCAAUACAAACUUGUAACACAAAGCCCUUCUAAUAGACAAACCAUACAUGAAUUGUGACAGCCAAAUCUCUACUGUAGUUUUGAAAUUACACUCACAUUUCAGACAUUACCAUGUGGCCUAUCCUGAUGAUCUUUCUGUUGUGCCUCAGUCAUUGCUACCCUGUUCUGCAGUUUCUUGUUAACAGCCUGAAUUUUUGUUUAAAAUAACAUACGUCUUCAACAAGAAUCAUACAAAGCUAUUUUCUAACAGUUCCGUGGAGCCUAAUAAAAAUGAUAUCCAACUGAUGUUUUUGAUGUUUACUGUAAUGGAUUAUAACUACCCUAAUUCACGUGUUAUCUGAUUAUCUUUUUGGGGAGGAAAUAGCAUCUCUUUUUAAUCCUCAUUUUCCACUGACACAAUUUUGCACAUUAAAACCCUUGCUUAUUCAUUUA